GCUACCCGGAAGAAUAACCCACGUGUGACUUCCGGUGUGAAGUGCCGACCGAAAGAAGCCGGCAACAUGGCAACUCAGAAGUUACCUCAGAAAAGAUAUUAUAGACAAAGAGCUCAUUCAAAUCCGAUAUCUGAUCACAGUUUUGAUUAUCCAGUAGAUCCCUGGCAAAUGGAUUGGUCAGAACACUACCCUCAGUUCUGUAAGCCUCCAGAUACUGUGAUCGAUGGUUCCAGUGACAGAGCUUGUCCAAAACACCAGGUGGAGUUCGCAGACAUUGGAUGUGGAUAUGGUGGUCUCCUCGUACAGUUGUCUCCCUUGUUUCCCGAGUCGCUGAUAUUGGGGAUGGAAAUUCGGGUCAAAGUGUCUGACUACGUCAAGGACAGAAUCAAAGCUCUGCGUGAACAGAGCCCGGAACACUAUCAGAACAUUGCCUGCAUUAGAACUAAUGCCAUGAAGUACCUGCCGAACUACUUCUUCAAAGGACAGCUGUCCAAGAUGUUCUUCCUGUUUCCGGACCCCCACUUCAAGAAAACAAAACACAAGUGGAGGAUCAUCAGCCAGACGCUGUUAGCGGAAUAUGCAUACACACUCCGCGUGGGCGGUAAAGUGUACACAAUAACAGAUGUGAAGGAUCUUCAUGAGUGGAUGGUGCAGCACUUCGAAGCCUUUCCCUUGUUCCAGCGCAUGUCGGAAGACGAUUUGAAGGGAGACAUCAUUGUGGACAAGUUGUUUGACAGUACAGAGGAAGGUCAGAAGGUCACACGAAACAAGGGAGAUAAGCUGCUUGCCGUGUUCAUGCGGAUUGAGGACCCGUUCUGCAGCUCAAAGCCCCUGGACUUGAGCUGAUGUACACUGUAUCAGAACAUUGUAUCAACACAUUGUAUAUUGUAUUAAAACACUCAUUUCAUCAUA